AUGUUGAGAGCACUUACCGUUCUCUCUCUGCUCUUUUCCAAGCCUCCUCAACCAGCAGGUCUCAACAUCACCAUCCUUCAACCCGACGUGCCCUUUGUCCCUCACCCUCACCCGUUACCCGGCGCUGCUUCCGACGCAAAAGAGAUCAUUCGGCAAUUUGUGGAACUUGAUCGUUCAACAAAAUGGAAGCUUGUCGAUAAGGUCAAGUUCGAAGGCGACACCUACGAACCCGAAGGCAUAGUUCGCAUUGGCAAUGAUCGCUACUUCGUAUCGGCUGGUGAAUACAUUGUUCCAACGUCCAAAUACAAUGAGACCAUCAAUGGCACGGAUCGAACAGCUGGCGAAGGGUUCGCCCAUAUGAUCAUCUUUGAUGGCAAAGGGAAGCGUAUUGCUGAUGCCUCAAUCUCACAAGCCAAGUCUCUCGAGUACCACAACGGCGGCGUUGACUAUGAUGGAACCUACAUCUGGGCCACCCUCUCCCAAUACCGUCCCAACACAACAGGAACGCUUGUGAGGAUGCGCCCCGACACGCUGGUACCAGAGCCCAUCCUGAGUGCUGCAGACCACCAGGGAGGAGCGGUCCACGACACAAAAUCCGGAACCGUUGUCACCUUGAACUGGGGGUCGCGCAAAGCGUCGAUCUGGAACGGGCACGACAAGCAUCAGGCGCCGCCCGAGUUUACUCGACCCAAGGCAGAGGUCAGAAACCCGAGCAGCUUCGUCGACUAUCAGGAUUGCAAAUUCCUGGGUCGUUACGAGCUCUAUGGGUCCCGGCCGGUGAUGUUAUGCUCUGGCGUUGCAGACCUGGCCAACACGCGAAUCGGCGGUCUCGCGAUAGUGGACAUGGAGACUAUGGUUCCUUUACACGAGGUUCCCGUGACCUUGGUGUCGGAACUUGGUGCGGCAAUGACCAAGAAUCCGAUGGACGUGGCUGUCGUGGAUGGUAAAAUGAGGCUGUUCUUUUUGCCCGAUGAAAGGAAUUCGACACUCUAUGUGUACGAGGCGGCUUGA